UGCAGAUUUACACAGCUUCCCUGCGUGUUCCGUUAAGGGAGGACGUGCAUGAGGUUAUGUAGAGACGGAAGCAGCCUUAGUAUCCCUGGUGUUGCAAACUGAAUGAGUGGAGAUUUCAGUCUAGAUACUACAGUGUGCCACCUUCUCCAUACAACACCCUCAGCAAGCUUGCAAAGGCUGCCGUGGAAGUUGUGCUGCACUAAGGACUUUGCAAAGCAGAGGAAAUACGAUAGCACAUCUGCAUUCUUCAGCCCCACGUGGAAGGGGAAAUCUGCUGGCUCUGACUGUGGGGUUAAAGAUCAAACCCGGAAACGGAAGUGUAGAGUUUUUGUAUUUUGAACUCUCGUUAGGAAUAGCGAAGGGAGAGUAACGGGUGUACGCUCUACAGCUGCCCAACAGAUGUAAAUCACAUCGAGGAGAGAGGACAACAACAGGGAAAGGAUAAUACUUUAUUUUCCCUAGACCCUUUGGGAAAGAUUUUUUGAUCUGCUUUAUGUAAAAAUGUCUUCUACGUGUGACUUUGUUGUGCUCCACACUGGGCAGAAGAUGCCUCUUAUAGGACUAGGCACCUGGAAAAGUGAACCCGGCCAGGUGAAGGAGGCAGUGAAGUAUGCUCUCGGUGCAGGUUAUCGUCACGUUGACUGUGCUACAGUUUACAGCAAUGAAGCAGAGAUAGGUGAAGCCUUCCAGGAGAGCGUCGGGCCAGAUAAGCCUGUUAAGAGGGAGGAGCUAUUUGUGACAUCAAAACUAUGGAAUACCAAGCACCACCCAGAAGAUGUGGAGCCAGCCUUAAAGAAAUCUCUGAAAGAUCUGAAACUGGAUUACCUGGAUCUGUAUCUCAUGCACUGGCCACAUGCCUUCGAACGAGGAGAUACUCUUUUCCCAAAGAACCCUGAUGGCAUGAUGCGUUUUGACUACACUGACUACAAGGAAACUUGGAAGGCUAUGGAGAAGCUGGUGGAGAAAGGUCUGGUGAAGGCCAUUGGACUGUCCAACUUCAACAGCCGUCAGAUUGAUGACAUCCUCAACAUGGCUGCUAUCAAACCAGCUGUACUACAGGUGGAAUGUCAUCCCUACCUUGCUCAGAAUGAGCUAAUAGCUCAUUGUAAUAAGCGAGGGCUGGUAGUAACAGCAUACAGUCCCCUUGGCUCUCCUGAUCGAAUGUGGAAGCACCCCGAUGAACCAGUACUUCUAGAAGAAUCUGGGAUCAAAAAACUGGCAGAAAAAUAUGGGAAAUCACCUGCUCAAAUCCUCCUCAGGUGGCAAGUGCAGCGUAAGGUGGUUUCCAUUCCCAAGAGCGUCACUCCGGCCCGCAUUCUGCAAAAUCUCCAGGUGUUUGACUUUAAUCUCACAGGAGAAGAGAUGGAUCACAUUGGAACCCUGAAUAAAAACUGGCGAUACAUUGUGCCAAUGGUUACAGUGAAUGGAAAACUAGUAGCAAGAGAUGCUGGACACCCCCUUUAUCCUUUCAAUGACCCCUAUUAACUACAGUAGAUUGGGUGUUAGAAUAGGACUCUGUGCACUCGUUCCCCAAGUAAAAAGAACAAGAGUACUUGUGGCCCCUUAGAGACAAAUAAAUUUGUUAGUCUCUAAGAUGCCACAAGUACUCCUGUUCUUUUUGCAGAUACGCAGCUGCUACUCAGAAACCUGUUCCUAACCUAGUUGUUGCCUUUGUUUAUCAAAAAUCUUUCCAAAUAAAAUCUGAUGUUCUAAA